AUGCAUCCACUCUGGAGGUUCCUGGUCCUCCUCCUGGGGUUGCUAGCCUUGCCCUCGGCCCUGCUCAAGCAGCCUUGGCCUGGACUGACCACGGCCCACAAGGAUGGAAGGUCCACCCUAGCAAGAAUUAUUGCGCAGGGCCUCCUGAAGCACAAUGCUGAAGGCCGGAUCCAGAGCAUGCGGCUCCUGGACCGUCUGAAUGUCUCAGGGAUGGCAGCCCCAGGGAUGGUGGGCUGGCUGAUUGGCGGCAUGAACUUCCAGCAGCAGCAAGAGAUCAGCAUCAACAUCACCAAUGUGCAGCUGGACUGUGAUGGGAUCCAGAUGGCUUUCCCUAAAGAGUGGUUCUCCGCAAACAUCACACUGGAAUUUGACGUUGAAUUUCGACUGCCCUUCAAUUCAAAUAUCAUCAAAACGCAUGCCCGCAUGGGCCUUGCUUCAGAGUCCUGGCUGGAGAAAGAUGAGUUUGGCCGGAGGGAGCUGGUGAUGGGCAGAUGCCACAUGGAGCCCAGCAGUGAGGAUUCAUCUAUGUCCACUGAGGCAGUCCCACCCAAGAUGAAACAUUUUCUCCACAACAUCCGAGAAAGCCUGGGGAAAGUUAUCCCGAACCUAGUAGAAAGUCAGGUUUGUCCUCUGAUCGCUGAAAUCCUCCGACAGCUGGAUGUGAAGUUGUUGAAAGGCCUUGUGGAACAGGUGGCUGCUCAUAAUCUUGGUCAAGCCUGA